GGGUUAGGGGCGGGGGGAAACACCAUGUCCUUCCUCUCGCCCCUCCCCUGGCCCCUCUUAACCACGCUCCUGGCGUGUUUUCCGAACUUUGUGCGGGUCACCCUCGCCUGUCGCCCUUGUCCUUCGUGUCGUCUCGCGCAUUCCCCAGUUUGGUGGUUCUGCCGCAGUGCGGCAGAGGGCGCUACAAGAGGGUUCGGCAGCAACCUGUCCGUCCUGCGACCGCCUGACCUGAGACCUGAACCUCCUCAGUCCCAGCAACUUCCUCCCUGGGUCGUUCCGCAAGCUACAGAGCCCUCCACUCUUGCAUAGGAGUGGGAUGAAGGGGGACAUGGGUGCUGUGGCAGUCGCAAGAUACUGCGUGGGGCAAUGGAACAUAUUGUACUGCGUACUGUUAUGAAAAGCGCGGAGGGCAAUGGAACAUAUUGUACU